CCAUUUUUACCCCUCUCCGGUCUUUGCUUUGUUCUCUACCGCGGACAUGGCCUCUUGACUCUUGCCCUGCAACCUGGCCUCAUUCUCUGUGUGAACCCUCCUGUUUCUUAGCCUCUUCACCGAAUUGUCUUAGACCUAAACGCUGAAAACAACAUAAAAAGAGAAACAAAGAGAACCCUUUUAAGUCUGAACCGACUGGGCUUUUUGUUCUUAGUUUCUCAAGCUCAGCUGCAUAAAUGCUUGGUGGGACUUUGUUCGUCUGUAAAGCUAAUAGUCCGAGGCCAGCGCCAGCUAAUGUAGCAGAUAAGGGUUCUUUGAAAGCUUUGUGGAACUUUUCAUUGACAAAAUGUCUAAAGAUAUGCAUGGUUUUGUUGCUUGGGAAGAGCACAUUAUGUGCCAUGAGCGUGGUAACCGUGUUGUUCACUUUUACUUGAAGGAUACAUUUGGGGAUCUGGUUCUUGCCGUCAUAGGUACUGAGAGGAGUAUAAGGCACAUGAUGUAUGUUGUUUCGGAUGAGUUCUUAAAUGCUUAUGGGUCAGAAAGGUUUAUCAAUGCAUCCACAAAAUGGCGAGCAAGACGAGAAGUCGUGGACUGGUUGUCAUCACUGGUCGCGAAGUGUCAACCCCAAGUUGAUUUUUCAAAUUCACAGGUGAAUGGUCGUCGACAAGAUUUCGGAUCUCAUGAUCUGUCUAUGACUGGACUGAUUACUCAUCAAACCCAUUUACUGGAUUCAAUUGCACUCAGGAAAUUGAGAGUUCAACAUUCAAACAUUCAGUGGUCUGGUGUUGCUUGGAUAUGCACUAAACAGCUCAAGCACUUCCAUUCCUUUUCCAGGAAUGGAACUACAAUAGCAGUUCAUUCCUUUGUCUUUAUCAUGGCUGAAGAAAAAAGUCACUACCUUGCAUACCUGGAAGAUAUGUAUGAAGACAAGAAGGGGCAGAAGAAGGUGAAGGUGCGAUGGUUUCACUACCAUCAGGAAAUUGAAGGGGUAAUUCCUAAUUUGCAUCCACGUCCUAGAGAAGUUUUUAUCACCGCUCAUGUUCAAGUGAUCAGUGCAGAGAGUGUUGAUGGUCUGGCGACAGUCUUGACUCCUAUGCACUAUGAGAAAUGUGUGGCUGCUGUUCCUCAUACUUCAACCUCAAGUAUCCAUAUGUGCUUUAGGCAGAUCAAAAACGAUAAGGUUAAACCCUUCACUCUCACUAAAUUGCGAGGUUACUCUAAUCAAGCAAUCCUCUCUGCUUUAUCCCCAUCUGUGUCCAAGCAGAAGGUCAAGUACCAUAAAAGGAAUGAGGAAGAUGAGGAUCCUGUGAGGCUGACUGCUAAAAGAAGUCGAAGUAGCAAGGGGAAAGAGGGACUUGAAGGUGUCUUUGGUGUGAAAAGUACAUUUCCUGAAGGCCAAAUUUUGAAUGGUGAGGGGAAAUACCCAAAAUUAAAGUUAAGGCUGUCAAGAAAAACAACGGGCAUACCACAGCCUAAAUGUCCUGCUUCAUUUAAGGUGGAUGAAAAAAUAGAAUUUCUCUGUCAAGACAGUGGCAUUCGAGGCUGCUGGUUUAGGUGUCAAGUUUUGCAAACAUCACAGAAGCAUCUUAAAGUUAAAUAUGAUGAUGUGGAAGAAGCUGAUGGCCCUAGAAAUCUAGAGGAAUGGAUACCUGCAUGUAGAGUUGCCCCUCCUGAUAAACUGGGCAUGAGAUGCCCAGGGCGCCCUACAAUCCGACCAUGGCCUGUGGAAGAUUCUGCAGGCUGUACAUUUGAUGUCGGAGCACCAGUUGAUGCAUGGUGGAGCAACGGAUGGUGGGAAGGUGUUGUAAUUGCCAUCAACAUUUCUGGAAAUGACGUCCUGCAAGUUUACCUACCUGGUGAAGACAAGUUCCUGACUGUCCAGAAAAAAGAUGUUAGGACUUCCAAAGAUUGGGUUGGUGACAAAUGGGUUGAAGUAAUGGUAAAUCCAGAUAUACUCUCUUUUGUAUCUGCAAAUACAAACUCAGAUGUGAAGCACUCAAUGUGUUCUACUAUCAAAGAAGCACAACAUUGUGGUAGCAAUGCAUUGCUGGAGCAGAAAGUUAUCACAACUUCCAAACUUGAUGUGGUUAAAGAAGUUGAUGCAGAAUUAGCAGGUUCAGUCAUGCUUGAUGACCUGAAAAAUGUGAAGGAAGUUGAUAUCAGAAAGAAGCCUUAUGUCAAUGUUGGAAAUGAAAUUAGCAAAGUUGGAGAUGGAAAUGAUGAGGAUGUUAAUGACAAAGCUAACAAACAAGAUGUGGGCGAUGAGGCCAAAAUGAUAUUGGAUAAUGAUUAUAGUAAUGAAUCUGCCAAUCAGAAGAAAUUAGUAGUUGAAUCUCAGCAAGUGAUCGUGUAAGAUGUAUAAUAGUUGGUACAGAAAGCGGUGGAGAAACUUUGACCUACAUGGUAAAUGUGUUUUUCUGGUUUUCCUGUAUAUAAUAUAGGGAAGAGUUGGCAUACAAAUGCUUAGAAGAUGAUUCUCAGGUUUUAUAAAUUUAGGAGAAAUGGCAGAUGUAUAGCAAUAUAGAAUUGCGUUAAAAUAUGCAUCAGAAGUUUUGGUUUUAAGACUUAGCAGUAUCUUUAUCAGGUCAUAAGUAGCUGACUUCGGUCUUAGUAGUCAAUUAAUGUAUUCUUUUGCGUCCAUAGUUGGUAUGAAUUGUCUGUUACAUGUCAAAAGGUUUAUUUUUUCAGCAUAGUGUCAGGUUUUAACUGUAAAGGUUUUAAGAUUGUCCAUGUUUGUUAAGGAAAUCAAAUAAUGAACUUUUUACUCCA